UGUUAAUUGCACCAUCCCCAGACAAAGAGAGGAAGCAUCCUGUAAACUAGCUCGGUUGUUUCCUCCAUUUUUGCCUUCCUCUUUCUUGGCACGCCAUCUUCCAUCAGCUGAAGCUAUGGAUAAGCGUAGGUGCCAGAAACAGUCCAGAACUUCCGAUUGCGCCACUGAAGUGGUGGCAGAGGUUGGUAGCAUCGAGUUGGGGUUCAUCAACCUGUCAGAACAAGAAGAAGACCUCGUUUACAAAAUGUAUAGCCUCGUCGGUGACAGGUGGAAUCUCAUAGCAGGUCGGAUCCCAGGCAGGAAACCGGAAGAAAUAGAGAGGUUUUGGAUGAUGAGGCAUGAGGAAGGGUUUGCUCAGAAGAGAUUGAGGAGUGCAAGCUGAGAGUAGAAUAUUUCUGUCAGAAAUGGAUGAUGCCAACCAUGCGGGUUCAUCGUUUGGAGGACCCACUUUAUGGUCUAUGCUCAUGGACCAUCUGUCCUUUAUCAUCUACAUAUUUGUUUUUUUUUUUAUGGUGUACUUGUGCUAUAAGAUCCAACUAGUUCAUUAUGUUGAGGACCCACUUUGUGACCCGUGAUAUUUGUCCCUCCCAAACUCUCUCUCUCCCUACCAUGAUUUUGCCCUACUGAGAAACAAAGUUGGUUGUGCUCUCAACA